AUGAAAGCUAUAAUAUCAUUCUUUCAAAGCUUGCCAGAGUAUUGGCACCUUUGGUUCAACCGACGAAGCGCCAAUAUUCCGUUCCACUCGAGACUGUACCGACCUUUAUACAACGUGAUCUGCUUUGGAAGGAGCUGGAAGAAAAGCUUCAAAUACGACAUUGUUCAUCGGUUUAACCCAAUUCUCUGGAUUGAUGCAACACGCGAAGAGACUGUCCGAUCUAGUUUCAGAAGAUGCGCCGCAGAAAUUGGGCUUGCGGAGGAACCAAACAAUCAGCAGAGUACAGCUCUUGUGGACGACCUAGUCAUUCAGGGUGUACUUCGAUGGCUUCGCAACCGCACUGAAGUGGAUGAUGAAUGGUUGGUUAUCGUCGACAAUGCGGACGACGUCACUUGGGGCAUUAAAAAGAUUAUGCCAAAGGGAACCCGAGGAAGAAUAAUUAUCACCAGCCGCGAUGGCCAAAGUCAAAAGCUGGUCGAUAAAGGCUGCGAACGAAUUCGAGUUGGUGACAUGUCCCCACGAGAAGCGAGAAUGGUCCUUCUGCGCCAUCUGUCGGACAACAUCGACUUGGUCCCAAAGUCCGUGCAAGAGGGCUGCGACGAAGUGGCGAAGAAGCUUGGAUACUUACCACUGGCGAUUGACCUUGCCGGCGCGUACAUCGGCAAUACCGUUGCCCCUGAACUGUCCCUCACGCAGUAUUUAGAAGACUAUGAGAAGCACCGCGAUGAGCUCUUGCAGAUGGAUCAUCUUCGAGGGUUAACCUCUGCGGAGAGAACUGUGUGGACGGUAUGGGAUACUACUCUAGAUAAAAUUGAAAGAGAGUAUUCCCACCUGCAGCCUGGUCUACUCUUGACACUAUUGGCUUGUUUCCAAGGAAAUAUUGUGCAGGACGAAAUGUUUCGUCUAGCGAGUCUAGGUAUGUCUACGGUCGUCAAGGAGCUCGGCGAAGGGGAUUGCACUGGGCUCCGAAUGUUUAUUCCGGAAUCCGAAGGAAAGUGGGACAACUUCAUAUAUCGACAUAGCAUAGAUGUCCUGGUUCGCUACGGUCUAAUACAGCUUGUGCACGGAGAUUGGCCUGGUACCACAAUGCACAGCCUGGUUCAGUGGAGAGCAAUUCGUCGCGACCAAAAUCGGAAUUGGCAGUCGUGGUACACUAGGUUUGUGCUUGCUGCUUGCUCCCAGAUUACGGCAGAAGGUCGCCAGCCACAGUUCCGCCGGCAUCUUAUCCUGCAUCUUCCGGAUGUAGGUAAUAUCGAUCCAAACUGUUUUAGCACCAGGGAAAUGAGCGAGAUUUUCAUUUGGACAACACUGGCGAAGGUACACUAUGAUGAAGGACGGUGGAAGGAGGCCGAGCAGCUCCAGGUGCAGGUGAUGGAGACGAGCAAGAUGAAGCUCGGCGAGGACCAUCCUUCCACACUGGCCAGUAUGUCCAACCUAGCCUCAACGUUUUGGAGCCAGGGCCGCUUGGAGGAGGCCGAGCAGCUUCUUGUGCAGGUGACGGAGACUCACAAGACGAAGUUCGGCGAGGACCAUCCUUCCACGCUGGCCAGUAUGGGCAACCUAGGCUCAACGUACAGGAACCAGGGCCGCUUGGAGGAGGCCGAGCAGCUCGAGGUGCAGGUGCUGGAGUCUCGCAAGACAAAGCUCGGCGAGGACCAUCCCCACACGCUGGCCGGUAUAGGCAACCUAGCCUCAACAUACAGGAAGCAGGGCCGGUGGGAGGAGGCCGAGCAGCUCUUUAUGCAGGUCAUGAAGACGAGCAAGGCAAAGCUCGGCGAGGACCAUCCUUCCACGCUGGUCACUAUGUACAACCUAGCGUUAACGUUUUGGGAUCAGGGGCGGCGGGAGGAGGCCGAGCAGCUCGAGGUGCAGGUGAUGGAGAUGAGCAAGAUGAAGCUCGGCGAGGAUCAUCUCUUCACGCUGACCAGUAUUGCCACCCUAGCCUCAAUGUACAGGGACCAGGGUCGGUGGGAGGAGGCCGAUCAGCUCGAGGUGCAGGUUAAGGAGGCGAGCAAGACGAAACUCGGCGAGGGCCCUCCCCGCACCCUGACCAGGGUGGCCAGUCCAUCGUCAAAGUAG